GUUCAAAUGGAUAUAAAGAUCGCUGUUGGUCCUACCAGUUUGGAGAAUGCCAUAGACCCGAACAACAUCAGCACUUGAGCAAUGGCACCAAGACCAGAGGGUAUCAAGAUCGCAAUCGACCGAGGUGGUACGUUCACCGAUGUCUGGGCGAGCUUUCCUGGACAACAAGAUGUAGUCCUCAAACUGCUAUCGGUUGAUCCAUCCAACUAUGACGAUGCGCCAACAGAAGGUAUUCGACGUAUUCUAUCGCAUUUCUACGGCAAAGAGCUUCCCCGGGGAAGCCCUCUGCCUAAGACUGACAUCGAGUUUAUCCGAAUGGGCACUACCGUGGCCACAAACGCCUUGCUCGAACGCAAGGGCACAAAGCAUGCAUUCCUAGUAACUAAAGGAUUUCGAGAUCUGCUCAAUAUCGGAUAUCAGUCCAGACCUAGGCUAUUUGACCUCAACAUAGUGAAGCCUGAGGUGCUGUACACCGAAGUGCGUGAGGUUGACGCUAGAGUUACCAUCGAGGGCUUUGACGAGGACGUUGAUGGUUUGUUCAGGUCAGAACAGGAGAUCCCAGGAGCCCUAACUCGUGGGACCAGUGGAGACAUGGUCCGGAUUCUGACCCCCCUUGAUGAGCAAAAGGUCCGUCAGACAUUGAAGGAUCUGCGAGUCAAAGGAAUCGAUACACUUGCUGUUUGCCUGACGCAUUCGCAUGUGUACCCCGAACAUGAGAAGCGUAUUUACGAGCUAGCUACCGAGGAGGGGUUCACCCACGUGUCGUUAUCUUCUGCUGUGGCCGCGAACAUGAUCAAGAUGGUUCCUCGAGGAAGCUCUGCCUCAGCGGAUGCAUACUUGACUCCAGAGAUCAAGAAAUACAUCUCCGGAUUUGCCAAAGGUUUCGAAGGUGGGAUCCUCAAUGGCGUCAGAUGCGACUUCAUGCAGUCUGAUGGCGGUCUCGUGAGCCACAACAGCUUCAGUGGAUUACGAGGGAUUUUGAGCGGGCCUGCAGGCGGCGUGGUUGGCUAUGCAAACACUUCGUAUGACAAGCAGAACAAAAUUCCUAUUGUGGGAUUUGACAUGGGUGGCACAUCGACAGAUGUUUCAAGAUAUGGCGGGCAACUAGAGCACGUCUUUGAAAGUGUCACCGCCGGCGUGACUAUCCAGAGCCCUCAGUUGGAUAUAAACACAGUUGCCGCCGGUGGUGGAUCGAUCCUAUAUUGGAGAAACGGGCUCUUUGCUGUUGGCCCGGAGAGCGCGUCCUCACACCCAGGGCCUGCAUGCUAUCGCAAAGGGGGGCCGCUGACAGUGACAGAUGUAAAUCUGUUCUUGGGUCGACUUCUGCCGGAUUUCUUCCCGAAGAUAUUUGGAAAGAACGAGGACGAGCCACUUGACUCUGAAAUCGUACGGGAGAAAUUCACAUCCCUCACGACCGAAAUCAAUGCCGAAACAGGGCGAUCGCUGAGUCCGCAAGAAGUGGCCUGCGGCUUCUUAGAUGUAGCAAACGAGGCAAUGUGUCGACCAAUUCGGGCCCUGACGGAGGGGAAGGGAUAUGAUAUCGGCAGUCAUAACCUUAGUGUUUUUGGUGGCGCUGGCGGGCAGCAUGCGUGUGAUGUUGCACGGAAGCUGGGAAUAUCUACAGUCAUCAUUCACAAAUAUUCAAGUAUUCUGUCCGCAUAUGGUAUGGCGUUGGCGGACGUGGUCCAGGAAGCCCAAGAGCCAGUUAACGAGACUUAUACCGAAGCGUCCUUGAAGAUACUGAACGGCCGCCUGUCUCUCCUCCAAACAAAAGUUCAUCAGAAGCUCGUCGAACAGGGCAUCCAUUCAAAUAGUAUAUCCUACCAAUCGUACCUGAAUAUGCGAUACCAAGGGACCGAAACAUCAAUCAUGGUUCUGAAGCCCGAGGACGGUGACUUCAAAGAAGAGUUCAAAAAAGCGCACCUUCGGGAGUUUGCCUUCUUAUUUCCUGAUGAACGACCAAUAUUUGUGGAUGAUGUGCGUGUAAGAGGUAUUGGAGCCAGCGGGGGUUUGGGUUCAGAGGGACUUCAGCUGGAUGCAGAGAUGAAGAACACACAUUUUGCUCCAGUGUCAACACAAAUAGCUGAGCGAACGACGAAGAUCUACUUCCAAGGACAGGGAAUCUGUGCCACGCCUGUAUUCCUUUUGCAGAACCUGACGCCAUCUGUCAUCGUUACUGGACCGGCAGUCAUCAUUGAUCAGACCCAGACACUUGUAAUUACGCCUGAUGCAGAAGCCAAGAUUCUGCAGUCUCAUGUCGUGAUUGAUGUCAAGUCUGGCGCGUCAGCCAAAUUGAAGGAUCCUACUGUCGUUGAUCACAUUCAGUUAUCGGUGUUUGGUCAUCGGUUUAUGAGCAUCGCCGAGCAGAUGGGUCGUGCUCUACAGAAGACGUCCGUCUCGUUGAACAUCAAAGAGCGGCUGGACUUUUCCUGUGCUUUAUUUGGACCGGACGGGGGUCUGGUGGCCAACGCCCCUCAUGUUCCUGUUCACCUGGGUUCAAUGAGCUACGCGGUGAAAUUCCAACAUGAUCUGCACAAAGGAAAUCUAACUCCGGGAGAUGUUCUAGUUUCAAAUCACCCCGAGGCUGGAGGAACCCAUUUGCCUGACAUUACUGUCAUCACACCUGUCUUUGAGAAAUCUGGAAAAGAAGUCGCCUUUUAUGUCGCCUCCCGUGGCCACCACACGGAUAUAGGUGGACUCGGAGGGACUUCCAUGCCACCGAACUCCACCGAACUAUGGCAGGAGGGUGCCGCAAUCCGGUCAUUCAAGCUGGUUCAUGCCGAGAAUUUUGACGAUAAGGGCAUCACUGAAAUCCUCCUUAGUCCUGGCCAGUAUCCCGGCUGCUCUGGAAGCCGCCACGUCGCGGACAACAUCUCCGACCUCAAAGCCCAAGUCGCGGCCAACCACAAGGGAAUGACACUUGUACAAGCCCUGAUCAAAGAGUACUCGCUACCCGUGGUCCAGCUCUACAUGGGCGCCAUCCAAUCCAACGCCGAGCUCGCAGUGAGAGCAUAUCUCCGAUCGACCUGCUCGAAGUUCGGAUCCCACCUCACAGCCGAAGACCAGAUGGACAACGGCUCCCUCAUCAAACUCUCAAUCACAAUCGCCCCAGACGGAUCCGCCACCUUCGACUUCACCGGCACCGGUUGCGAACUCCUGAGCAAUAUCAACGCCCCACCCGCCAUCACGCACUCCGCCAUCAUCUACACCAUGCGCCUACUCAUUGGGACCGACAUCCCCCUUAACCAAGGCUGUCUGGCGCCCAUCGACGUGAUCCUCCCUAAGGGAACCUUCCUCAACCCAUCCGCCGGGCCCGCCGUAUGUGCCGGAAACACACAGACAUCGCAGCGCAUCGUGGACGUGAUCCUGCGCGCGUUCCGCGCCGCCGCAGCGUCGCACGGCUGCAUGAACUGCCUCGGCUUCUUCGGCGAGGGCGGCAGAGACAAGGACGGACAGAAACUGAGCGGGUACGCGUAUGCAUUUGGCGAAACGAUCUGCGGGGGCUCCGGCGCUACCGAAAUUUCACCUGGCGCUUCAGGUGUGCAUACGCACAUGACGAACACGAGGAUCACGGACCCGGAGAGUCUGGAAAAGCGGUACCCGGUUAUUCUGCGUGAGUUUGCUAUUCGUCCGGGCACUGGGGGAAAGGGUCUCCAUGAUGGUGGGGAUGGCGUCGUCAGGGAUAUUGAAUGUCGGGCGCCGUUGAGCUUCAGCGUUAUUACUGAAAGGCGCAGUAUUCCGCCGUAUGGGAUUAAUGGUGGACAGCCGGGGGAGCGUGGUGCGAAUUACUGGGUUCGUCGUGUGAAGAUCGGAGAGAAGGAGGAGUGGCGGUGGGUGAACAUGGGGUCGAAGAACAUGGUGAGAAUGGAGACGGGGGACCGGUGCGUUAUUCAUACACCUGGUGGUGGUGGCUGGGGACAGGCAGAGAUGAAUGGGUUCCAUGCGAAUGGGAGCAGCGCUCAGCAGGUCCAGUAUCCGCGGGCGUCAGGCAGUGUAGCUGCGUAUAUGACGGCCCAGGAGAGCUCUUCAUGAUAUUAUUUGUCCAAGAAC